UGCCCCACCUCCCUGCCCCGGGUGGCUCUGCCAGAUUCUUGCAGCGGAAGAGUAGAGGACGGCGUGGAGGGAGCCGAUCCCCACCCCCACCCGCAGCUCCGUCCGGGCGGCUGUCCACCUGACCUCCAGCCUCCUGCUAGUCAUCAGCCUGAAACCUUGAAGAAAAAAACACUGUAGGUCUCCCCCAUGACAAUGUCUUCCAUUAAGAUUGAGUGUGUUUUGCGGGAGAACUGCCACUGCGGUGAGUCUCCAGUAUGGGAGGAGGCGUCCAACUCUCUGCUCUUCGUAGAUAUUCCUGCCAAAAAGGUUUGCCGGUGGGAUUCUCUCAGCAAGCAAGUGCAGCGAGUGACCGUGGAUGCCCCUGUCAGCUCUGUGGCCCUUCGCCAGUUGGGAGGCUAUGUUGCCACAGUUGGAACAAAGUUCUGUGCUUUGAACUGGGAAGAUCAGUCAACAGUUGUCUUGGCCACAGUAGAUAAAGAGAAGAAAAACAAUCGAUUCAAUGACGGGAAGGUGGAUCCCGCUGGGAGAUACUUUGCCGGUACCAUGGCUGAGGAAACAGCUCCGGCAGUUUUGGAGCGCCGCCAAGGGUCCUUGUACUCCCUCUUUCCCGAUCACCAUGUGGAAAAGUACUUUGACCAGGUGGACAUCUCCAAUGGUUUGGAUUGGUCUCUGGACCACAAAAUCUUCUAUUACAUAGAUAGCCUGUCCUACUCCGUGGAUGCCUUUGACUAUGACCUGCAGACGGGAAAGAUCUCCAACCGCAGAAGUGUUUACAAGCUGGAGAAAGAAGAACAAAUCCCAGAUGGAAUGUGUAUUGAUGUUGAGGGGAAGCUCUGGGUGGCCUGUUACAAUGGAGGAAGAGUGAUCCGUUUGGAUCCUGAGACAGGGAAAAGACUCCAAACUGUGAAGUUGCCUGUUGAUAAAACAACCUCAUGCUGCUUUGGAGGGAAGGAUUACUCUGAAAUGUACGUGACCUGUGCCCGGGAUGGGUUGGACUCCAAGGGUCUUCUGCAGCAACCUGAGGCUGGUGGAAUUUUCAAGAUAACUGGCCUAGGAGUCAAAGGAAUCCCUCCCUAUCCUUACACAGGAUGAGUGACAUCCUCUUCCUAGUGGAGGAGACGUAGAAGACAAUUAGAAAAUUCUGGAGCUGAAAUUUCCAUCUAGUUACCAAAAACAUGAAGCAAUGACAUUAACAGGAUUAAAUUUUUAUUUACAAUUUUUAAAAGGUAGAGUAUUUCUAACAAGGGGUGACAGGUGGUCUUGAUAACCUAAUAUAAGGCCUUCUGCAAAGGUACUAUAGAAAUAUAGAUGUGUUUAACUAUCAACGAAGCCUCCUGAUUCUUUGCAAAUUGCUGGUAAAGUUGGGGGAGAGGGAAGAGACUGUAUCUGUUCUUUACUCUGCAUUCCAUACUUACUAUACCUAAAGCUUCAAAACACUAAUAAAUAGUAGUCUGGCAAUGA